AUGCGGCUCUUCACUGCAGCGCCCGCGCUGCUUUUCCUCGCCUCGCUCGUCACAGCCGCCAAACAAAGCGAUGGAUUAAAUAUAGAAUUCACCCGAAACACAACCUGCACGCGUAAAUCGCGCGCCGGAGACACCAUUUCCGUCCAUUAUCGCGGCUCACUGAAAAGCGACGGCAGUGUCUUUGACGAGAGCUACAAGAGAGGAGAGCCUUUCCAAUUUACGCUAGGCGAAGGAUAUGUGAUAGCAGGAUGGGACCUGGGAUUGCAGGACAUGUGUAUUGGAGAUGCGAGGAAGCUCAUCAUACCGCCUGAGCUGGGAUAUGGAGAGUUUGGAUCGGGUCCCAUUCCGCCCAAGGCAACGUUGAUCUUCGACACGGAGCUCAUGGGCAUCGACGGUGUCAAGCCCGAUUCGCACCCACCGAAACCUGAUCUCGAGGUUCCACCGCCGCCGCCACCAUCGGCCGAUGAGGCCAAGCACGGCGACGGAAAUGGUCCCAAGGACGGCCAUGCCAAUAACGACAGCGAAUGUCGCCUGCUUGGACCUUUUGCGCUCGUGGUGCAAGCUGCGCUAGGAGGAUUGGCUUUGUUGGCCCUGGUCUUCAAGCGCUGGCGGGAGACACCUCGGCGUCCGCUCAAGAUUUGGUUUUUUGAUGUGUCCAAGCAAGUCGUUGGAUCCGGGCUGCUGCACUUGGCGAACCUGUUCAUGUCGAUGCUCUCAUCUGGACGCUUCUCUGUUACGGCGGAGGACAAGCUGAAGGCUGGCUUUUCUCACAAGGAGGAAGACAUGCCUAACCCUUGUUCCUUCUACCUCCUCAAUCUUGCGAUCGAUACUACACUCGGCAUUCCAAUCCUCGUGCUCCUUCUCCGCGUCCUGCAUGCGCUGUUCCUCCAUACCCCUAUCGCCAAUCCCCCCGAGUCGAUCAAGUCAGGCCACUACGGAACCCCGCCUAGGGCCAACUGGUGGCUCAAGCAAUCUUUCAUCUAUUUUAUCGGUCUCUUCGGCAUGAAGUUUUGUGUCUUCGUUAUUUUCCAGUUAUUGCCAUGGAUUGCGUGGGUUGGCGACUGGGCCCUACGAUGGACGGAAGGAAAUGAGGCAUUACAAAUCACUUUUGUGAUGUUCAUUUUUCCGGUCUGCAUGAACGCUGUUCAGUACUACAUCAUCGACAGCUUCAUCAAAGACCCUGCUGGAGGCUCCGGACACGGACCCAUUCCGUCGGGUGAGCCAAGCGCAGAGGAUGAAGAAAGACAGCGUCUGCGGAGGGGAAGCCUUGACGAAGAUGAGGAUGACGAGGAUUUUACUCCCGGCGGAAACAACAUUGAUACGAGGGCGAAGAGCAGUGGUCACGGCGCGUUGAAGGAGGCCAACCCUCUCCCGAUGCCGGAAUACGACCCUGAGGUUGAUGGAGCCAGUUCCAGCAGCCCAAGAAGCUCGAAGAGUGGGGCCGAGGUUAAAGAAACGGUCAGAAGAUAG